GCUGGGGGCGGGACCGGGGGCGGGGCUGCGGGGGGGCGGGACCGGGACUGGGGGCCGCGGGAGCUCAGUCGGAGCGCAGCGCACCGGGCCAGUCCGCCUGUCAGGCCGCCGCCUCCAGCCGCCCGGCUAACUGCCUUGCGGCGCCGGCCCUUCCUUAUGCUAGCACCCCCGACCCCCGAGACUGCGAUCCCCAUGUCCCAGGCGGAGACCGACCUAGCCCUGCGGCCCCCGCCGCCUCUCGCCGCCGCCGCCGGUCCGCCCCGCCUUGGGCCCCCUCCGCGCCGGGUGCGCCGCUUCUCCGGGAAGGCUGAGCCCCGGCCGCGCUCUUCCCGUCUCAGCCGCCGCAGCUCAGUCGACUUGGGGCUGCUGAGCUCUUGGUCCCAGCCAGCCUCACCCGUUCCGGAGACCCCCGCUCUUCCGGACUCUGCUGGUCCUGGCCCCGCGAGGAGCCCACCGCCUAGUUGUCCAGAGCCCCCCGAGGGCACGUGGACCGGGGAAGCCCCCGUGAAGGCUGCAGACUCCGCGCGUCCGGAGCUCGCGGGCUCUGCAGGAGGCCCGGGGUCCCGGGAUCCGCCGACAGUCCCCGAAGCCGCGGCUCGGGAGCGGCAGCGGGAGCAGGAGGAAAAGGAGGAUACGGAGACCCAGGCCGUGGCAACGUCCCCAGACGGCCGAUACCUCAAGUUUGACAUCGAGAUUGGACGUGGCUCGUUCAAGACGGUGUAUCGAGGGCUGGACACCGACACCACGGUGGAGGUGGCCUGGUGUGAGCUGCAGACUCGGAAACUGUCUCGAACCGAGCGACAGCGAUUCUCCGAGGAAGUGGAGAUGCUCAAGGGGCUGCAGCACCCCAACAUCGUCCGCUUCUAUGACUCAUGGAAGUCAGUGCUGAGGGGCCAGGUUUGCAUCGUGCUGGUGACCGAACUCAUGACCUCCGGCACCCUCAAGACAUACCUGAGGCGGUUCCGCGAGAUGAAACCACGAGUCCUUCAGCGCUGGAGCCGCCAGAUCCUUCGGGGGCUUCAUUUCCUACACUCCCGGGUACCCCCCAUUCUGCACCGGGAUCUCAAGUGCGACAACGUCUUUAUCACGGGCCCUUCAGGUUCGGUCAAGAUCGGCGACCUGGGCCUGGCCACGCUCAAACGCGCUUCCUUUGCCAAGAGCGUGAUCGGGACCCCGGAGUUCAUGGCCCCUGAGAUGUACGAGGAAAAGUACGAUGAGGCUGUGGACGUGUACGCAUUUGGCAUGUGUAUGCUGGAGAUGGCCACCUCAGAGUACCCUUACUCCGAGUGCCAGAAUGCCGCGCAGAUCUACCGCAAGGUCACUUCGGGCACAAAGCCGAACAGCUUCUAUAAGGUGAAGAUUCCCGAGGUGAAGGAGAUCAUCGAAGGCUGCAUCCGCACCGAUAAGAACGAGAGGUUCACCAUCCAGGACCUCCUGGCUCACGCCUUCUUCCGCGAAGAGCGCGGCGUGCACGUGGAGCUAGCGGAGGAGGACGAUGGGGAGAAGCCGGGCCUGAAGCUCUGGCUGCGAAUGGAGGACGCGCGGCGUGGGGGGCGCCCACGGGACAACCAGGCCAUAGAGUUCCUGUUCCAGCUGGGCCGGGACGCCGCAGAGGAGGUGGCGCAGGAGAUGGUGGCCCUGGGUUUAGUCUGCGAAGCUGAUUACCAGCCAGUGGCCCGCGCAGUACGUGAACGAGUUGCUGCCAUCCAGCGAAAGCGUGAGAAGCUGCGCAAAGCUAGGGAGUUGGAGGCCCACCCCCCUGCACCAGGACCUCCACCAGCAGCUGUCCCCAUGACUCCUGGUGGUCCCCCCAGCGGCUUCCCCCCGGAGCCCGAGGAGCCCGAGGCGGACCAGCACCAGCCUUUCCUCUUCCGCCAUGCCAGCUACUCAUCUACCACCUCGGAUUGCGAGACUGAUGGCUACCUCAGCUCCUCUGGCUUCCUGGAUGCCUCAGACCCUGCCUUUCAACCCCCUGGGGGGGUGCCAUCCAGCCCUGCUGAGUCCCAUCUCUGCCUGCCCUCGGCUUUUGCCCUAUCCAUUCCACGUUCUGGCCCUGGCAGUGACUUUUCCCCAGGAGACAGCUAUGCCUCGGAUGCAGCGUCAGGCCUUAGUGAUGUGGGAGAAGGGAUGGGACGCAUGAGGAGACCCCCAGGGAGAACUCCCCGGCGCAGACCGCGAUCCCGGCUACGGGUCACUAGUGUCUCAGACCAGAAUGACAGAGUGGUUGAGUGCCAGCUGCAGACGCACAAUAGCAAGAUGGUGACCUUCCGAUUCGAUCUGGAUGGGGACAGCCCAGAAGAGAUUGCAGCUGCCAUGGUGUAUAACGAGUUCAUUCUGCCCUCGGAGCGAACCGGCUUCCUGAGCCGUAUUCGGGAGAUUAUCCAGCGAGUGGAGACCCUGUUGAAGAGAGACACUGGCCCUGUGGAGGCUGCUGAGGACCCUCUGGGCCCCCAGGAGGAGCCAGCAUCAUUGCCUGCCCUCUCGGGCCCCCUCCCAGACCCAUCCCGUGCAGAGCUCCAGAGCUGCACCUCCCUGGAGCAGAGGAGCUGGGCAGCCUUCUCCACCUCCUCAUCUUCUUCUGGAACCCCUCUGUCUCCUGGAAACUUAUUUUCCCCUGGAAACCUGUUUUCCCCCAGAACCCCUGUUUCCCCAAGUCCCAUCUUCCCUAUCACUUCUCCCCCAUACUCCAGCCCCUCUCUAUUCUCCCAAGUGUCUUCAAAUCUCUCGCCACACUCCCCUGGCUCUCCACUUGCGUUCUCCCCCAGUGCUACCCAGGUCCCUGACCCAGCCUCUCAUACUCUGCAGAGCUCUGUCCUCCCUUCUCCACUUGCCUUCUCUCCCAGUGGCUCCCAGGUCACUCUGACUCCUCCUUCCUUUCCCCCCUACCCUUCCACAUCUCCCCUCCCCUCCACCACAGCCGCCCCUCUCCUCUCUCUGGCUAGUGCCUUCUCACUGGCUGUGAUGACUGUGGCCCAGUCCCUGCUGUCCCCCUCACCUGGGCUCCUGUCCCAGUCUCCUGCAGCCCCCCCUGCUCCCCUACCCAGUCUGCCCCCACCUCCCCCCGCUGCUCCUUGUGGCCAGGAUAGGCCUUCACCUUCAGCGGCUGAGAUGGAGAAUGAGGCCCUGCCAAAUCCUGCUCGGCCCCUUCUGGGUGAAGCCAGACUCGAGCCCAUCUCUGAAGAGGGAAAGCCGCAGCUUGUGGGGCGUUUCCAAGUGACUUCAUCCAAGGAACCGGCUGAGCCUCUUCCCCUGCAACCGGCAUUCCCAGCUCUUUCCAGUUCCCUGAAGCCUCCAACCCCUCAGCUGACCUCGGAGAGCUCAGACACAGAGGAUAGUGCUGGAAGUGGGCCGGAGGCCAGAGAGGCUCUGGCUGAGAGUGACCGUGCAGCGGAAGGCCUAGGGGCUGGAGUUGAGGAAGGGGACGAUGGGAAGGAACCCCGAGUGGGGGGCAGCCCCCCACCCCAGAGCCAUCCCAGCCCAGUAUGGAUGAACUACUCAUACAGUAGCCUGUGCCUGAGCAGUGAGGAAUCCGAGAGCAGUGGGGAGGAUGAGGAAUUCUGGGCUCAGCUGCAGAGUCUUCGGCAGAAGCACUUGUCAGAGGUGGAGGCCCUACAGACACUGCAGAAGAAGGAAAUCGAGGACUUGUACAGCCGGCUUGGGAAGCAGCCCCCACCGGGUAUCGUGGCCCCAGCUGCUAUGCUGUCCAGCCGCCAGCGCCGCCUUUCCAAGGGCAGCUUCCCCACUUCCCGCCGCAACAGCCUGCAGCGCUCUGAGCCCCCAGGCCCUGGCAUCAUGCGAAGGAACUCUCUGAGUGGCAGCAGCACCGGCUCCCAGGAGCAGCGGGCAAGCAAGGGGGUGACAUUCGCCGGGGAUGUUGGCAGGAUGUGAAUUCAGAACAGAAGCCAUGUGUCUCCCCCACACCAGGGCCCACCAUGGAGCUUGUGCUCUCAGAAUCUGCUGACCAACACAACUCUGCAAGAAGACCCCAGUACUGAGGGAGUAGAAGGCCAAAGGGGCAUGGAGAGUGCUGUUCCAUUGUAGGGAAGAGCCAAACAUGCGGGAACUAUUUACUGUGUGUAGGUGUCAGUUCUGCAGCCUACCAUCCUCAUGCCUCCACCUCCCCAGCCCAGAGUCAACCACUAAGCAAUCCCAUUCAAGCCCUAAUGCUUCUAGAGGGCACACUCUAGCUGAGCAAGUGUAGGGGGUGUGCUCACACUAGAAUUCACAACAGCCAAUAAAACUGCUGGAAACUAGGA